AGUCUUUGAGUGAGCUAAUUCUCCAGUGCCAAAGAUAGCAAUUCAUUGAACUUCACAAAUUUAAAAGAGUGUAACAGCAUCCAGAUGGCAUCCAUCGAAAUUUUACGACAGAUAUGGGCAGAUGUGCUCGGCAUUGAAACAGACAAAUUUUUUGAUAGCGACAAUUUCAUGGCAUUGGGAGGCAAUUCAAUAAAAGCUAUUCAAUUUUUGGGCGAAAUCGCGUCUUUUGUCGAUACAAUUGACUUGGCAACUUUUCUUAAUAAUGCAACAAUCAAAAAUGUAUGGGACACUAUAAGUGCGUAUCAGCAAAGCACAUAUUUUGGUACUGCGAAGGAAAAUGCACAUAUCGAGUCGAUCGAAACAAUAGAAAGCGUCACCGCUGAUAGUAUGGUUGGAAUAAGUUCAACAGAACUUACUUCAGCCCUAGAACGAGCUGGGAUCGCAAUAGACGGCAUUAUGCAAGCUGCGCCAGUGAGCUCUAUUCAAGAGUUCUUUUUACAUCAUCAACAAAAUGGCGGCACAGGGUGUAUAAAUUACAUAUAUGAAGUUGAAGGACGCAACCUGAAACAAGGUUUGAAGCAAUUUAUACACCUUCUAGAAAUGAAAAACCCAAUUUUUCGCACAACUAUUAUCGGUAUAGGCAAAAAUAAGUUUGCCCUAGCUUUACUUAAGGAAACGGCGUCGCACUGGUCUUAUCCUUCCAGCCUUCGAUCGCUUCUUGAAAUCACAACGGCACAGAAGCUUCAGCUAGGUGAACCAGCGGCCCGAUAUGCUCUUGUGCUUGAAGAUGCAGCCAAUGAAGGCCGCAGCUUUUUCGCAAUCUCGUUAUAUCAUACCCACUGCGAUGCCUUCACGCGCUUCCUGAUUGACAAAGAGAUAUCACAAAUCCUGCAGUCUCCAUCUGAUUAUGCACGAGCUGAGAAUAUCGAACGCCCGUGGUUUGGCGCUUUUGUCAAGCAUCUGCGUCUCAUUGCACCGCAGGAAGAUGUCAUGAAAUUCUGGGAAAAUUAUUUACGCGGCGCAAACGUGGCCAAUAUCCAUCCACUUGAACAAGCUGUGGUCAGCGGCAGCGUCGAGAAUGUCUUAACAGACAUGCUACCAGUACCCUUUACCCAUCCUCAGUCCAAUAGCGAUGCACCAAGAAACCCAACACAAGUAAUUCUGGCUGCCUGGGCAAUGGCCCUAGCAAAGUUAUCGGGACAUCGAGACAUCACGUUUGGCCUUUGUCGUCACGGGAGAUCUUCUAAUACAUUUCCGGACGUGUGGCGUGUUAUGGGGCCAUUGGUUAAUGCGGUACCAUUUCGAAUUUCUAUACAAAGCAAGGAGGAACCUGUAACAGAGCUAUUACAGCGAGUCCAAGACGAUAUCACGACCACAACCCAGUGGGAGCAAGGAUUUGCUCCUGGUGUAGUCCCCAGCGCUGACGGGCGGCCUUGGGUUCAGUCAUUUGUCAAUUUGAGGUCUGAGUUGAACAAAUCCAAGGAUGUGUGCAACACAAAUGAAAGCAACUCAGAAAUAACCAAGAUUGUCCCCAGGCCAGAUCUAGAUAAUUUCAAUACCGACUAUCACUGGGCUGUUAUAUUGAUGAUCAAACGGCAGCGUAAUCAGUACGAAGUUUCGAUGCUGUAUAACUCGUCACUCAUUGAUUAUAAACGAGCAAACACUCUAUUUACAGACUUUAAAUUACUUAUGGGUGCAUUGGAAGCAGAUGUUGAAAUUAAUGUAGGAGAUUUACUAGAGUAG